ACGAGCAUACGUUCUGCAGAAAAUCAAAGCUUUCAGGUAAACAUGGAGAAGACUUUUGGAAGUAUGAUGGAAGAAUUAAAAGCUCCGUACAAUCGAUGUCUGAAUGUGACCCCGCCUCUACACUUGAAGGAGCUGGGACAGUGUGAGGCACGCCUUGUUCUUCUGAGUGAAGACAACAUUGCUAUAUGUUUGUGUAAAAACAAAGGAUCCCCUGAUAUGAUCACAGUGCAUGAUUGUUUGGAUGGUAAAGACAAAGCAGUGGAUGUGAAUAUGUUGGCCGCCAGGACGGGUGACCAUAGCGACGACCGAACAACAUUCGUCACCACCAGGACUCCAAAGGAGGCCAUUCUGGUGCUGAUAGACACGAGCUCCUCCAUGGACGAGGAGUGCUACGUGGGUUCAGAAAUGAAGAAGAUCGACGUUGUGAAGGAGCUCUUCGACAACUUUGCCACGAGGACCAUGGCGUAUGAUUUUUAUCACGUCAUCGGCCUGGUGACGUUCGGCUCCCUGGUGAAGCUUCUCUACAAGUUUACUGAAAAUCUGGAAACGUUCAAGGAACACGUACGCAGCAUCGAGGCAGCUGGGUGUACUCUGCUGUACGACGCCCUGCGACGGGCGGCGCUGGAGUUGGAAAAGCUCCAGACGAGGUUCCCCGAUUGCAGACUUCGGAUAAUAUGUCUCACCGAUGGAAAUGAUUCUGGAUCCUCCAUAGAGCCCGAAGCUGUGACCGUCAGACUGCUUAAAUCCAACAUCACUGUGGACUCUAUCCUCCUUGGGACUGUGGAGAACCAUAUGCUGCAUGGAAUCAGCAAUGCAACAGGUGGUUGCUGUUUCAAACCGCAGACAACCAAAGAGGGUCUGAAGCUCUUUGAGAUUGAGACGGUUCUGUCUUUGGCGCAGAGGAAACUCAAGGAUCCACUUGACCCGUCUUCCAUCAACCCGAGCACUCUGUCACGCUUCUUCGAGACUCACGGGUACGAUGAAUGUCCAGAGACGUCCUUGCCGAGCCAGAUAAACGGCAAAGUGACGGCGACGGCAAGCGCUCUGAAAAAGAAGAUUCGGGAGUCAAGGAGGUGGCACGAGGAGAAGGACAAACGUGUCCUGGAGGAGCUGAAGAGUUUGCAUUGUAACCCGCAUCCCUUCUUCAGAGUCUUUCCAACGGAGUCGGACUUUAAGUUCUGGAGGGUUCUCAUGCAAGGCCCUCCCGACACACCGUACAGGAAAGGCGUGUUUGAGCUGUACUGCCAGUUCGGUCCCGACUACCCAGCCAAGCCGCCGACCGUCCGCUUCGUCACGCGCGUGUACCACUGCAACGUCAACAGUGUGGGCCGCAUCUGCCACAACAUAUUUGACCGCAGCUACAAUGCCCACAUCACCAUGAGAGAGAUCCUAGAAGCUGUGUAUGGACUCUUCAUCAUCCCUGAGCCCGAUGAUCCACUGGACAGCAUCUUGGCUGAAGAAUUCCUAACGAGCCGCGAGACGUAUGAACGAGAAGCCGAGAGACAUGCAGAAGAAACUGCAGGAAGGUCAAUGGAUGACAUGGAGAACACAUUGGUGGGACCGGUGCCACAGUUUAUACCUGCACAUCUGAUCUGUCCACUCACCAAGAAGAUGUUUGUGGAUCCUGUGAAAACGGUGUACGGUUCCGUGUAUGAACGCAAAGCCAUCGAGCGACACCUGAAGCAGCACCAGUACGACCCGAGCGCUGGCCCAGGACACGAGCUUGAAAUGAGUGAAAUCAAAGCAGACCAGGACAUGAAGAAAAUGGUGACGGAGCAUCGUUCUCGUCAAAUUCAGCUUGAGGUUACAGCUCCGUAGUUUCACCACAGUUUCUAAUCAAAAAGGAAAUCGACCAGCUGCAAGUUGUUUGUUUGUGAUUUAUUUUGUUCCGUCAGUUGGGAAAAGUUAGAGCGGGUUAUAUAUUUUUAUUUAAUUUCUUUCCGGACAUCUCCAACUUUUAUGAUGACUGAUUGACUUUUAUUUGUUUUCUCUGUUGGGAUGCUUUAACUUUUGACUUUUCAAUGUUUUUUUGCAUGCUCUGUUAUUUCUGUUUUAUCAUAAAUGUUGUAAAUAUGUUUAGUAUAGUGAAUCGGUUAAUUGCAUGACUUGCUAGUGAAGGCAGAAUAAAAAAAGAUUUGAGUAAUGGCUGCAGCAUUUUCUUUCAACAACUUAAAAUACACACAAAUGCUUUUCUCUAAGUGAUCCAUGUUGAAGCUGAUGUUGACUG